AUGAAGCUCCUCUCUGCUGGGGCUGCUACCUGUCUACCCCUUCUUGCAGCGGCCGCAGGGGAAAAGGGAGGGUUUGCCGUUCUCGGUUUCAGCAGGCCAGGCUUCGUGACCGAAGGACGCGUCAACCCGAUCGUAAGCCCGGGGAAAGAUUCGGGGCAUCUACAUGGCGUUAUGGGAGGAAGCAACUUCGGCCUGAACGUUGAAAACGACGAUCUGUUGAGCUCCAACUGCACCAGCACGGUGAUCGCCAAUGACUUCAGCAACUACUGGGUCCCAGAGCUUUUCUUUCAGGACCCUACAAGCUCGAGCCAUUUCGAAAAAGUCCCCCUUUCGUACAUGCUGGUGUACUAUUUCUUCGAGAGAACCCUAGAUGACAUCGAACCAUUCCCUGCGGGGAUGAAGAUGUCCCACUGCCCCCGAACCAGCUACGACAAGCCGUCCUACCCACCAGGCUCAGACGGCACGACGGCGGGCAUCGUCGACCCUCAGCAACCAAACUAUGGUACGGGCUUCCCGUUAUACCCAUGUGACGCCUGGUAUCUCCGCCAGGACGUCCAUUUCCCCUCUUGUUACAACCCCGAAGCCGGCCUAGACGACUACAAGAACAACAUGGCCUGGCCGUCGACCGAUAGCAACGGGUACGUCAACUGUCCCGAGGGCUACACGCACGUUCCCCACUUCUACUAUGAGGUGUACUGGGACACCAAGAAGUGGGACGACGGCAACCGGUGGACUCCCGAUGGCAAGACCCAGCCGUAUGUAUUUGCCAACGGCGACGCCACGGGCUUCAGCUCGCAUGGCGAUAUCAUCGCCGGGUGGGGCAAUGACACCCUCAGCCACAUUAUCGUCACCUGCGACCGUACGGGCUUGGUUGGUGAGGGGAUGGACCAGUGCACAGGUAUUCCCGGCGGGCUGAACCACGGCAAGAUGUGCACAAUUCCCUCGCCCGUCAUCGAGACCCUGGACCUAAACGAGGUUCUGACGAAACUGCCUGGCGAUAACCCAGUCACCGGGUUCGGAAAGGGUGGCGUCGACAGCUCUCCCGUCGACUCGAACUCCUUGAGCUCAUCACCGACCUUAGAGCCUUCAACGACUGCCGUCGCUCCAGGUCCGGAUAGCACAUAUCCGACUUCUACCCAAGCCCCCACGGUCAGUACACACAACACUGAGGCAAAGACGACGGCUUCCGAUAUCGUGGCCGGCACAGCGGAUACAGACUGCGGCGAGGAGACCAAGGCGUCAGACGCGUCCACGUCCGCUGCUGAAACGGCAUCGACCGAGGCGAGCGCCAUCACCGUCUGGGACUUCGUGACUACCUCUGUCACGAUUACGGUGUGUAGCGAGCCGACGCCCGAGGCGAGUAUCGUCACCGUUUGGGAUAUUGAGAAGACCUUUGUCACGACGACGGUCCUUGGUGACUCGUGA